GUUCUAUCCUUCGUUUCGUUUUAAAUUUUGAUCGGUUUCGUCCUCACACCAGCAACAAGAACGCAAGUCAAGAUGGCUUUCUCUAUGCACAGUCAUUCUGGGCAAUUCUGUCCUGGCCAUGCAAAAGAUAGCUUAGAAGAGGUUAUCCAAACUGCCAUUUCCAGAGGCAUGCAGACUUUCGCUCUAACUGAGCACAUGCCACGACUCUCGGAUGAAGAUCGGUAUCCAGAAGAAAUCGCAGCUGGUGACAGCGUCUCUGUUCUCCUUCCCCGUCACGAGUCUUUCCUUAUUGAAGCACAACGCCUACGUGCUAAAUACGCUUCUCAGAUCACUAUCUUGAUUGGGUUUGAAGGAGAAUGGAUUCGUCCUUCUUACGGGCCAUUUAUCAAAGAACUAGCCUCCAAUCCUAUUAUUGACUAUUUCAUCGGCUCGGUCCAUCAUGUCCACACUGUUCCUAUCGACUACGAUGUACCCUUCUAUACCAAAGCUCGAGAUAUCGCGGGAGGAACUGACGAGCGACUGUUUGAGGACUAUUUCGACUUGCAGUAUGAGAUGUUAGUUGAAUUGAAGCCAAGAGUCGUAGGUCAUUUCGAUCUCAUUCGCUUGUUGAGCUCUAAACCGAAUGCAAGUUUGAAGGAGAUCAAGGGUGUUUGGGAGCGUGUUGUUAGGAAUCUGAAAGUUGUAGUUGAGCAGGGUGGACUUCUAGAGAUCAACUCGAGUGGACUGAGGAAGGGUCUUGAGGAACCGUAUCCGAUACGAUGUAUCUGUGAAGAGUUCUUAAGAUUAGGGGGACAGUUGACACUAAGUGAUGAUAGUCAUGGCAUUGUACAGGUGGGUACUAAUUUUGAGAGAGCAAUUGCUUACCUAGAGAGCCUAGGAGUAGAAGAAGUUUUCACAUUGCAAAGGAAAGAUACUUCUGGGACAAGCGAGGUUAGCGUGAAAUGCGUGGCUUUAAAGAGUGUCAAGGAAAGUUUUAAGCUAUAGAGGAUUUAAACUUAGAAUAGACUAGACUUGGAGUGUUGGUCCGCAGACCCUUUUAAGGGAGAUAUAGGGGGCACCAUCAGCUGAUGGUGUUUGUUUACAUCAUCAAGCUCAGUAUCACUAUUCCACAACCAUGCUCUCUCGUCAACCUCAUUACAGAAAUCUGUCCCGUCUCUUCCACAAUGCCAACCUCUGCAGCAGAUCCAUUGUAUACUUGCUCUUCUGACUACUGGUAUUCUGACAGCAUCAUUUCACUACCGCCAUCGUCAAAUUCUCAUAGUUUGAGGCCGAGAUCUUCAGACUCUGACAAUCGACAUGAGCGAGGCAUCGUCAAGAAUUGUCGUGAAACCGUAGAGCUGGGAUAGUCCUAGUCAGCAAUAGCAGGUAGAAUACUCGGGCAUGAAUGUAUUGUAACGCCUAUUAGGUCUCGAGCUUGGGACGCCAGUUCAUUAUGUGAUGUCCAAAUUGACAAUACAAAAGCUGUGAUGCAGAGGAGAACAAGCAAGUGGGAUAUUUACUGUCAC